AUGAAGUCUAGUGGCCUCUUUCCCCUUGUGGUGCUUCUUGCGCUGGGAACCCUGGCAUGUUGGGCUGUGGAAGGUUUCCAAGUCAAGAGUGUGGAAGCUGGAGUGUGCCCUUUUAAAAUCCCUGUCCCGUGCUUUAAAAAAGAGGAACCCGAGUGUUCUAGUGACUGGACUUGUCCCGGGCCAAAGAAAUGCUGUUCUCAUUAUUGUGGCAUCAGAUGUCUGGAUCCUCAUAAGAUCUCAAACUCAUUGAAGGAGAAGCCUGGGGAGUGUCCGUGGGUCUAUGGCCAUUGUCUGCUGGUUAACCCCUACGAUUUCUGUGAGAGUGAUGGCCAGUGCCAGGAUAAAUUCAAGUGCUGCAAGCGUAUGUGUGGGAAGAGCUGCAGUUUCCUUGUGAAAGUCUGA